AUGGCGCUCUACAACGGGAACCUGAAGCUGAUUGCAGUCACCGGCCCUACAGGGGCAGGAAAAUCGACAUUCAUCAAUCGCGUAUGCGGUUCAGAUCUGAAAGUAGGAACGGGCCUCCGAUCGUGCACGACCAAUAUCGAUGUCGCACACUGCAUGAUUGGCGACACCAAAGUCGUGCUUAUUGAUACGCCCGGAUUUGACGACACGACAAGGUCGCAGGCGGACGUUCUAGAAGACAUAGGUAAAUUCUUAAAAAAGACAUACGAACGGGACGUGCUAUUAUCUGGAGUCAUCUACAUGCACCGCAUCUCCGACCGGCGCGUAGGAGGAAUCGCUCGAGAGAAUUUCCGGCUUUUUGGGAAGAUAUGUGGACCGAACGCGAUGAAGAAUGUCCUCAUCGUCACCUCGAUGUGGGAGGACGUCUCGGAGGAGAUCGGACGCGCACGAGAGCAGGAGCUGGCCUCCAAACCCAUCUUUUACCAACCGGCGAUCGAGGCAGGGGCAAAAAUGAUCCGCCACUACAACCACGCAGAGUCCGCUCGCACAGCGAUUUCGAUACUUCUGGACAAUUCAGCCCAGGAGCUCCAGAUGCAAUACGAGCUCGUGGAGCAGAAGAAGCAAGUACCCGAAACCGCUGCCGGUGUUGACUUGCACCAGCUACUCAGAGAACAGGAGGAGAGGUACCAGCGGCAAUUGCAGGACCUCGCCGAUGAGAUGAAAGACGCGAACAGGGCGGAGGUCACGAAACUGAGAGAGGAGCUGAAGAAGACGAGAGAGGAACUGCGGCGGACCAAAAGGGAGGCUGAAAAGAUGGAGGUUGGCAGCGUGCGUAGACUCUUGCAGGCGGGAUUUCGAGUGGAGUUUCGUACCCUCUUCUGCUUGAAGGUGUACCGCGUCCUUGAGUCAUGAGGAACGGCGCGCCAGUCUACUGCACUCGCCACUCACGUUUGUAUGACUCAGGUACUACUAUCUGAUGCAUCUUGUGCCCGCCAUGAUAGUUCGAGAAUCUACAUGCGACCGUGCUUUAGCACUUCAUUAAUCUCAGUUUAUGCUUUCUUGCUGAAUGAUGUACACCAGAUGGCGAG